CAUCACCAUCAUCAUCCUCAUCAUCCUCACCUUCCUCCUCCUCAGAUGAAGGAUAUAAAGAAGACAGAUAAUACAAUGGAAGUGUAUUGUAAGGCGCUACCGGGACGACAGGAGACAUUCAUACUCCUCAUCUUCUAUCUUCAUCUGUGGUACCAGCCUAUAGCUGAAGCCAUCCACCCGGACUGCGCCAUCAUCGCAGAGCACCGGAGGGCUCAGGAGGUUUGCAGCCAGACGAGGAGGAGCGAAGCGCGGAACCAGAGCGAGCUCAGCGGAUGUAACACAGAGUGGGACGACAUCGGCUGCUGGCUGAGAGCUGAAGUCGGGCAGGUGGUCAACGUGUCCUGCUCGGAAGUUUUCCAGCAUUUCUCCAGCAACCAAGGUUAUGUUUACAGGAACUGUACCGCUGAUGGCUGGUCAGAAAUGUAUCCACCCUACGACGAGGCCUGUGCUUUCAGUGACGACAGCGAGCCAGAAUCUGUGACGAGUUACCUCUCCACCUUCAGACAGGUGUACACUGUGGGCUACGCCACCUCACUCAUCUCCCUCAUCACAGCCAUCGUGGUGUUCACAGCCUUCAGGAAGUUCCGCUGCACCAGAAACUACAUCCACAUCAACCUGUUUUCCUCCUUCGUCCUGAGAGCCAGCGCCGUUUUCAUUAAAGACACCGUGCUGUUUGCAGACGAGACCCUGGACCACUGCUCCGUGUCCACGGCAGCAUGCAAGUCAGCUGUGGCUUUCUUCCAGUUCAGCAUCCUCGCCAAUUACUUCUGGUUGCUGGUGGAGGGCAUGUAUCUGCAGACGCUGCUGGCUCUGACCUUCGUCUCUCAGAGGAAAUACUUCUGGUGGUACAUCCUGAUUGGAUGGGGACUGCCAUCAUUAGUUCUUAUACUUUGGGUGUUGACCAGGUUAUUCCAUGAUGACAGAGGUUGCUGGGAUGACACAGACAAGGUUGCUAUUUGGUGGAUUAUUAAAGGACCAAUAACAGCCUCCCUGCUGGUCAACAUCGUCAUCUUCAUCAACGUGAUCCGGAUCCUGGUUCAAAAGCUCAAAUCUUCAGCCAUGGUUGGAAACAAUGACACUGGACACUUUAUGAGGCUGGCUAAAUCCACCCUGUUCCUCAUCCCUCUGUUUGGGAUGCACUACACGGUGUUCGCCUUCCUGCCUGAAACCACCGGAGUGGCAGCCAGACUCUACAUCGAGCUGGGACUGGGAUCCUUUCAGGGCUUUGUCGUGGCACUGCUUUACUGCUUCAUGAAUGGAGAGGUCCAAACAGAGCUGCGGAGAUGGCUGCGGAAGUGUCGCACUCAAAAUCAUCUCACCCCGGCCAAGAGAAGCAUCACUCAGAUCACAGUUCGAGCCAGCAGGGGGCUUGGGCGGCCUCCUUCUAGUGGCAACAUCUCUUCAGUAUGAUUUUUUUCUUCCAUGAGAGUUGUUGUGAGCAUGUCAAACAAACUAUCAGAGGCAUUCCUCAACAUACUGGUGACAUUAAUUCAACAGCACCUCUGUGAGAGGAGCUUAAUGAACACUGGUGAGUGAUUGUGAGGAAAUGUUGCAUUAUAUCAGCGUCAGCACCAUGGCAGCACACAUUUCUCAGCUUAGUCUCAGCUUCUUCUACAAUGGAUGCAACCAAAAACACUAAUGAAGUAGAAGGAACACUGCGGCUUGAUUUGUGACACUGUAGAAAGACUACAGUAGGGACGGAGCUGGCCCGGGAACUUGUAGUAGGAUUAUUUCACAUGGUUGUGUUUACAGUGUGGAGUGCAGAAACAAGAACAUUUCUAGGUAAUUAUAUAGAGACAGCUGUGGAAACAAUGAAUGUUUGAACUCAGCUGAAUUAUGUGAAAGGAGCUCGACUUGUCUAAUUGUUUUGUGCUGCACUGAAAAGGAGCAGGAACACUAUUUCGGUGCAGGCUGUGAAAAUGUGUGCAGGACAGAUAUGGACCGAAUGUGCUAAUUAAAUUUUUGUGCAGUAAUUCACCUGCUGCUAGAGAGAAAUGUUCAACCAUGAAGGACCUGAGCAAAUGUACACUACUGGUCAAAAGUUUUAGAACACACCAACUUUUCCAGAAUUUAAUUGAAAAUUAUGCAGUUUAAUGUCUCAGUGUACUCUGAAAUGAAUGCACAUUUGCAACAUUUAAAAUUCUUUAUUGAGCAUGAUAGUGUUUUGAAAGUAAAAAAAAGAUUCAAAAUCACAUUUUAUGUUGGACUAAAGGACUAAAAAAAGACAGAAAAUGACAAAAAAAGACACCAAAAGACACAAAAUGACUAAAAAAAGACACAAAAUGACCAAAAAAGACAUGAAAAGAAUUCAAAAAUGGACAAAAUAGCCCAAGACUCCAUAGAGUUAAGUUGUUAACCCAUUUCUUGUUCCCUGAAAAAGGCCUACUUGUAUAAUUCUGAAAUGUACAUUAUUUUUCAGUUUUGG